UCAGCUGAUGCGAGUUAGUUCAGUUUUUAGUGAAUUGGUAAAUUCAUUUUUCAAUCUCUCGGUCUUAUAUUAAUAUUUAUUUAUAAUCAUAAUGGAAGGGGAGUACAACGAGUAUAUUGACUAUAGAAGCCCAUUAUCUACUCGAUAUGCUUCGAAAGAGAUGCGUUUUAACUUUAGUGAUCAGAAGAAGUUCAGCACAUGGCGCAAAUUGUGGAUUUACUUGGCUAAAGCUGAAAUGCAAUUGGGAUUGGCAAUAUCCGAGGAACAGAUUCAAGAGAUGGAGAAGCACGUGAAUGAAAUUGAUUUUAAUGCUGCUGCAGAAGAAGAAAAAAUACGGCGACAUGAUGUUAUGACGCACGUGCAUAUUUUCGGCAAUCAAUGUCCAAAAGCUGCGCCGAUUAUUCAUCUCGGGGCAACGAGCUGUUAUGUUGGAGAUAAUACUGAUUUGAUAAAUUUGCGCGACGGAUUUGACAUUCUUCUGCCGAAGCUAGCAUUUGUAAUUAAUCGUUUGGCUAAAUUUAGUCUUGAUAACCGGUUUGUUCCAACCCUUGGCUUCACUCAUCUACAACCGGCACAAUUAACAACGGUCGGUAAGAGAGCAACUUUAUGGAUACACGAUCUUCUCAUGGAUGAGCGAGCCAUCAGUCGAGCUAGAAAUGAUCUACUCUUCCGAGGAGUUAAAGGCACCACUGGUACUCAGGCCUCGUUCAUGCAACUUUUCAAUGGGGAUGGAGAAAAAGUUAAGAAACUCGAUAAUUUAGUAACGAAAAUGGCGGGUUUUGAGAAAUGCUACUCGGUGACAGGACAAACUUAUAGUAGAAAAGUUGAUAUCGAGUGCUUAAAUGUUCUUAGUUCACUCGGCGCAACAGUGCAUAAGAUUUGCUCGGACAUACGCAUCCUCGCCAGCAUGAAAGAGAUCGAGGAGCCGUUCGAAUCCACCCAGAUCGGCUCAUCCGCCAUGCCUUACAAGCGCAAUCCAAUGCGCAGCGAGCGUUGCUGCAGCAUCGCCCGACAUCUCAUGACCCUCGUCAACAACAGUCUCCAGACUGCGGCAAACCAGUGGUUGGAGCGUAGCCUCGACGACUCGGCCAACCGGCGCAUCACCCUGGCCGAAGCCUAUCUUUCCGCCGACACCGUACUUAUGACAUUGCAGAACAUUACCGAGGGCCUCGUUGUCUAUCCCAAGGUCAUAGGAAGGCACAUUGAUCAGGAACUACCAUUUCUGUCCGCGGAGAAUAUCAUAAUGGCGAUAGUCAAGGCCGGGGGAGACCGACAGGUGUGCCAUGAAAAAAUUCGAGUUCUUUCGCAAGAAGCGGGCGCUCAGGUAAAACAACAUGGCAAAGAUAAUGAUUUGAUAGAGCGAAUACGAAAGGACAUUUACUUUAAGCCUAUUAUGGAUAAACUUGAUACGAUUUUGGAUUCUUCGACCUACGUUGGUAGAGCACCGGAACAAGUAAUGGAGUUUCUCGAUGAGGAAGUUUAUCCGAUAUUACGAAAGUAUGAAAACAUAGAAUAUAAGCCAGUCGAAUUAAGUAUAUAAAUAUAUGAAAUUUUUUAAAAUCAUAUUUAUAUAUUGUAAAUUUCUUAAAAUUCUGCUUCAACUUUUUUAACUAAUGAUAUGGUGAUAUAAGAAUGUAACAAAAUAAAAUAUAAUUUUUCUUUAUGCUUUUUA